AUGAAUCAAUUCAACAACUUUCAAGACAACGAACAAGCGCUGGCAAAACCGUAUGCUGCUCUCGAAUCGUCCAGUACUUCUCCUUCCAUUGGUCUUCUCAUAACUUCUCACAACCUUCAUGAUGAUCAUUGGAAAGACAUCUCGUCGUAUUCACAACAUUCAUGUAACCACUUAUUGGAACCUCAAAGCAACACUUCGAACAGCUAUUGUUGUGCAAGAUCAUCUUCUAAAACCAAUGUAAGCUUUUGUAUAUCCAUGCUUACAUUCUCAAUCGUGAUCGUCGUGUGUCUUCUCACUUUGUUUCAUUUCGCUCUCUCAUUUCUCACCACACAACAAGAGCAUUUCCAUAAAAGUCAAUCCAUAUCUUCCAGCAACGCUGUUUGUGGAGUGACUUGUGUGCAUGGUGAUUGCAUUGUCGAUCUUAUAAAUGGUGACUUUUGUUCAUGUCAUCCAGGAUAUACUCAAGAUGCUUGUGACAAUGUCUUGUUCGAUUUUGACAGCGAUCAAGCGCUUCUUUCAACUGUAGCAAGUGAGCUCGUGACUCUCAAUCCAACGAAUUGUUUCGAUGUCUUUAAAGAUUACAACCCUGCUUUUGGUCUGGAUUACGAUUGUUAUUCAAGAAAUAGCAAAUUCUAUGUUCAAUUAGGACCUGAACAUUUGGUGUUUCCCAAAUAUUUCAACACGAGUGGUGCUGUGAAGAUCAGAAUUAAUGCACUCCCCAGACAAACACCACAAACUAUUUUGGAAGUGGUACCCAUGGUUGGAGUGGGUGCUUUGGUUCGAACUUCAAAAAGUUAUCGAUUUUCACCCAAUGCUCAACUCAGUUACAAAUUUUUCACACAAGACACGUCCUCCUCAGAGUUUGUGAAGAAUAUCAACACUCCAAACUUUGUACUAGCUCCAGAUAGUGUCAAAUCCACGACAGUGACAUUUUCUGUGAAUAUUACACAAAGAGGUCUUGUAUGGAAUACGACGACAAGUUCGACUGAAUUCAACACGGGGUACAGUCCUCCAAAUUUUCUCUACACAACCAAUGAGUUUACUUGCAAUGGAGUGAAUUGUUUUUUGGAGGCGUUUUUGACAGGACCAAAGAAUGCUUUUACAACUACAUUUUCAUUUGAUGGCUCUAUUGCUAACUCAUUGUCAGGAUAUCAAUUGAUCAAACUGUCUUCAUCUAUGGUACCAUCUUCUGUCAAGACUGGCUCCAUACUUACCAUUGGUGCAACGUCACUGUCAGAAAAACCUAUUCCUGAAAGAAAUGUCAAUGUAAGCUUUGCUGAUAUUUCCGUAAUAAUUUCCUCAUUUUACGUGUUAACUGGUGGAGGUGUGACUCAAUCUAUCUCUGGAGGAAAUGUCAUGAUUGCUGUGACAUCGACAGAUUCAGUGAAUUAUCCAUUAAGCUUGAUCUCAAAUUUGGCAGUUACUUGGCAAUGUAAUGGACCAACUGGCAGUAAUUGUGGUCUGGUGUCACAAGGGUUGUCUGCAUCCAUUGCAAAUGCAAAUCUCAAAAUUGGAAGCUAUGUCAUUUCAGUAACCAUUGGAGGUUUCACUACGUUGACCACAAACGUUCAAAUUGUGGACUCGGCUCCUUUACCCGUCACCUUGUCACCAAUUCCUCCAUUUACGUCAAAAGGUUCAUCCAUCAAAUUUUCAGCUGUGAUUUAUGUGACGACCUCGCUCUCGAUAAGUUUUAAUAUUUUCCAAAAUAAUGUCAAAUUAAGUGACGCACCAAUUUAUCUAGCCACUCAAGAAAAAUCGUCGUAUUAUUUAACUGGAGAAUUUCCAACAACGAACACUAUUCCAUAUUCACCUUUGCAAAUAACCAUGUAUUUGAACGGAAAUUCAUUCAAUUUUACAACGACCAUCAUGCCAAAACCAUUGAGAUUUGGAACUUGUUUUGUGUAUCCAGAUGCUGGCACAAUCUAUGCCUAUGAAACUGUAUUAACAUUGACCUGUACAUCACCAUUCCAGAAAAAGAUGUCAAAUCUGUGA